AUGAUUGACUCUGGUGCUGAUAAAAACUCACUUGACAUGAGCUGCGCCAAAGACUUGAUGCUGGAAGGCGAAAAAGUGCCAUUUGCUAUUAACGGUGUAGGAGGAAUCGUUACCUCAUAUGAUGAAGGUCUCCUCACUGAAAUAAUAGUCAGAAAUCAAUUGGAUCCAAAUUUUGCAAAAAUAAUUAAAGUGCAGUGUUUUCCCAAACCUGCAGGCAACAUUUGGCCAAUGAAAAUGAAAUAUCAUUUGAAGGAUGUUGAGAUAGCCGAAUUCGUAAACGAACCAAUUCGACUCAUCAUUGGAAAUGAUAAUCCAAGUUUGCAAAUAAGUCUGGAAGACAAGGAAGGAAUUGGUAAUCAACCUUCAGCCAGGAAAUACAGACUUGGAUGGUGCAUCUUCGGCCCCGUUAGCUGCAAAGAAAAGAAGCUGAACAAAAUGCUAACUCACGUCAACGACAAUUACUUUGUCGACGUUGAAGAAGCCAAUUGGAACGAAGACACCGUAAAAGAAGGUCUCAUAAAAAUGUGGGACAUUGAAAGGUAUGAGACCGACAAUAAAGAUUUCGAGCCAAAAUUAACUCCCAACGAAGUUAGAGCUGACCAAAUUUGGGCUGAGACAGCUAAGUUGGUUGAGGGACAUAAACAGCAUGGUUUGCUAUGGAAAAAAGGUGAACCAAAGCUCGAAAAUAAUUUUGACGUAACUUUGAGAAGAUUAUUUUCUCUGGAAAAUUAUCUCAAAGCUAAACCCAACGUCAAAAAGGAGUACGAAAAGAUGAUGAAUGAUACGAUUGAAGCCAAAUAUUGGGAAAGAGUCAAUCUAUCGUUCGAAAAAGCCAGGAUGGAAACUGACGUCAAUUACAUUGCGCAUUUCCCUGUAUUAAGAGAAGAUAAAACAACCACUAAAGUAAGAGUUGUUUUUGAUGCCAAAGCUAAAUUCCGAGGAAAAGCUAUUAAUGAUGGCCUCUUACAAGGGAGAAAAAACAUGUGUGACGUAGUAACGGUAUUAGCAAAUUUUCGACUUAAGAAAAUUACUGUUGCUGGAGACGUAAAACUAAUGUUUUUACAAGUAAUGCUCCGUCCUGAAGAUAGAAAAUAUGUUAGAAUGAUAUGGAGACCAAAAAACGAUCAACAGCCCCAAAUUUAUGAGUCAACAAGACACACGUUUGGCUUGAGAUCUUCUCCAUUCGUUUGCAUCGAAGUGACAAAAGAUGCAGCUAGAAAACAUAUUGACAAGUAUCCAAUAGCAGCCAAAGCCAUGUUGGAGAGCACUAUUGUUGAUGACGUUCUGACCAGCGUGGAAGAUGAAAAAACUGCCCUAGAGCUCAUCGAACACCUGAAAGAGAUAUACGAUACUGUAGGAAUGAAAAUUAGAAAAUUCGCCUCCAACAGUAAGUUAAUUAUGGACACAUUGGAUGACGACCAGAAGGCCCCCAAUGUCGAAUUAACAGACAAAUCUCUAUUCGAAACGUCUUUACCUGUGAUUAAAGUGCUUGGUCUCAUAUAUCUUGCUGAAAAAGAUAUUUUCACAUUCAGAUUUGAGUGCAAAGACCAGGAAAAGUACACCAAAGCACAGAUGUUAAGCGUGAUUGCAUCCUUGUAUGAUCCGCUGUCCUUUCUAGCUCCAUUUACUAUACGAUCUCGGAUCUUAUUCCAAAAAAUAUGGUCGUACGAAGUGGACUGGAAAGAUGAAAUUCCAAUCCCUCUUAGAGCAGAUUGGAUGAACUGGAUAAGACAAACUAAAGAUUUGGACAAUUUUCAAAUAAAAAGAUGUUUGGAUAUGCCAGAGAUAAAAUGCAAAGCGAAAUCGAAACAAAUUCACGUUUUUGUCGAUGCAUCCGCUGUUGCAUAUGCUUGUGCCCUAUAUAUGAGAGUUGAGUAUGAAAAUUCAGUUUACACGAAUCUCAUAUUUUGCAAAGCCAAAGUAGUACCGGUAAAGCAAAAACCUUCAAUUCCUAGAGCUGAAUUGGAAGCUGCUAAAAUUGGAGUGAAAUGGGGAAACAUUUUUGCUUCUUGGUACGAAAUCGAAACGGAAAACGUAUACUACUGGGGCGAUAGCAAAAUCGUGCUCUGGUGGCUACACAGAGAAAAUUUUCCAGAUAUAUACGUUGAAAAUAGAGCCUUCUAUAUCCUGCAAAAAAGUAAAUGUUCUCAAUGGAGAUACGUCAAUACUUCUUUGAACCCAGCUGACUUACCUACAAAAGGAAUUUCAGUCAAAAAGCUGAGUCAAUCCGCACUAUGGAAAGAAGGACCUAAUUUCUUGAAACAAGAUGUUAGCACAUGGGAAUCGUUUACCAAAGACACUAGAGAAGUUAUACUCGAAGAAAGUCAAAAGGAAAACGAAAACGUAAUUAUGCUCACCUGCCAACAUCAAGAAGUUAUGCCAAUUUUUCAAAGACCCCGUAACAAAUUCGCAUCUUUCCAAAAGAUGACCAGAAUAGCAGGGUAUGUUUUUCGAUUCAUCAAAAACAUAAAAGAAAAGAAAAAAUUGGUCAAAAUAGUCAAAAUCAAGUAUGGAAAAUACAGUUGGAAUACUUCGAUCCAAAUUACCAUACCUGCCUUGACAUCUGAAGAGUUGAGAAAAGCCAAAGAGAGAUUAUUGAUUGAAGAUCAAGAAGAAACUCUCUUGCAAUUAAAAAAGGCUUUAAUCCAACCUAAGAAAUACACGUUUGACUCCAACAUCCUGAGAUUGAGCCCUGCAAUAGAUGGAAAAGGCAUAAUCAGAAUGUUUGGAAGGCUACAAACGACCAAAUUUCUAUCAGAAGAAGUAAGAUGUCCUAUAAUACUGGGAAAAGACUCGUCAUUAGCUAAAGGAAUAGUAUAUGAUUUACAUAUACAAAAUUUACAUUCCAACAGCUAUCAAGCAUUAUAUAAUGACUUGAAGAGGAAAUACAGUGUUAUGCAAGGGCUUUCGUUGUGCAAAAGGAUGAUGAAAAAAUGCAACUAUUGCAAAAAGAAAAAUGCAUUAACAUCACCUAGACGAAUGGGAUUAUUGCCCGAAUCAAGAGUACCUAAUCCAAAUUCACGUCUGACGCCAUUUGCCAAUGUCGGAAUAGACCACAUGGGGAUAAUCCAUGUCAAUAAUGGCGAAAAGGACGAGAAAAGGUAUCUUCUUGUAUUCGUGUGCAUGAUGACUAGAGCUGUUCAUAUAGAAGUAACAGUCGAUAAAUCGACGAAAUCAACAGUUCUAGCCUUCACCAGAUUUCAAGCUAGAUUCGGAACUCCAAAACUCGUAAAUACCGACAAUGCAGGCAAUUUCUUGGAAAUGUCCAAACAACUAGAAGAACUUAAACGAGAGCUAGUUGAAAACGAAAUUGAAUGGAUUUUCAAUCCACCAAAAGCUGCAUGGUUUGGAGGACAUUUCGAAAUAUUUAUAAGCUUGAUAAAAAAGGCCAUUUUCAAAAGCAUACCAGAUAUAAACAUAUGCUUAAAUGAUGAAGAGUUACUCACUCUAAUGGCUGAAAUACAAAGGAUCAUAAAUACCCGUCCACUACAGUAUGUAUCAGCUGAUGGAAACGAGUCGAUCCUCACUCCUGCUCAUUUCAUGAUCGGAAGUGAAAUAACAAGUGACAUCCUACUUCCAAAAUCCGUAUCCAAAGAUCCUAAAAAGAGAUACACACAUUUGUUAAAAUACUUAACGAAUGUUUGGAAAAAAUUGUCUUAUGAAUACUUGCCUAGUCUUAAUAUGAGACAAAAAUGGCACAAAGAAGGCAAUCAAUUUGGAAUAGGAGACGUUGUUCUUAUAAAGGAUAUAAAUAGCAAAAAAGGGCAUUGGCCAAUCGCUAUAAUCCAAAACCUGGAAAAAGGUAAAGAUGGUAUAAGUCGUAUAGCAACACUACGAUCUAAAGGAAAAGAAAUUAGACGUGGUAUAAAUUCUCUAGUGCCCAUAAUAAAAAGUUUUGACAUAAGUCAAAACUGA